AUGCCCGCAAAAGGUCCUAAUAUUAUACCAAAACAGGCACCGUCUCCCAUUGCAAUAGCAGGAUCACCACCUUCAUCAUCUGCAUCAACACCAAGAAGUGCAGCCAGUCCACCAGUCAGUGUGAAUACAAAAUACUCUCCCAACACAAACAGCAAUACGAUAAUGCCACGUCAAGUGAUGUCGAUCCAAACUUCAAAAGAAUGGGUUCUUCCACCAAGACCAAAACCUGGAAGAAAACCAAGUGUUGAUACUCCAGCGUCGAAAAGAAAAGCUCAAAAUAGAGCUGCACAGAGAGCCUUUAGAGAGAGAAGAGCAACCAGAGUACAAGAAUUGGAACAAAAACUAAUGGAAGUGGAAAAGGAAAGGGACAUAAAGGAAAUGGCAUUAGUCAACACUAUAAAUAAAUUAAAGGUGGAGAACCAGUUUUUGGUUAAAAACUUGGAACAGUUAAAAGGUGAGAUGAACCAAAUGAAACAAUCCUUUUCUCGUUCACAACAACAGCUAAUAUCGAAGUCAUCGCCUGCAGCUUCUACAGCUUCUGCACAACAGAUCAAACCCACCUUUUCAUUUGCAAGUAACCUGGCACCAAGCAGUCAUCCUUCUCCAUCCCAUCACAAUAGUAUAUCGCCAACCGGGUCCUCAUACUCUGUUCAACAAAUUUCUCCAGCACCAUCUACUGAUCUGCCACCAAAUUCUUACAACUUAAGCAAUGAUUCAUACAGACAAUUUCAUUCAACUUUGACUCCUAUUUCCAACAACAACACCCCAGAUAAACCUUUAAGCGCCGCUGAUGUAGCUAACUUUGAUUGUGGUGUGUGUCCAAAAGAAGAGUGCCUUUGUGAAUCUGUGGGGUUAAAGGAGCCCACAAAAGACAAAACAGAAAACGCUAAGAAGAAACUUCAGGAUCAAGUUAAUUCUUUUAAACCAAUGCCAGCAGUUUCUUUAUCCAGAAAACGCAAAAUCAAAUCAACUGAUGAAGAACAAGAAAUAGAUUUCACGAAACAAUUUAGUGUGAAAGCAAAACCAAUGCCUGACUUGAAAAAAUUGAAAAAGACAACUUUUUCUCAACCCCAAACUGAAACUGCAUCUACUUUUAAUGAGGAUUCUCCAGUUGACAAUUGUGGAUUUUGUUCUGAUGACACUCCAUGUGUAUGUCGUGAAGCUGCUAAAGAAGCAGCAAAAUUGAAUGAGUACUUGAACAACCCUCACCAAUCAUCAAUAAUGGAAGAAGAGAUACUGGAAGAAGCCAAGACACUACCACCUUUACAAACCAACAACCCAAACCACAAUUUCAGUAAGUCUGCUCUACCGGUAAUGCAUCCUGGGCCAACUGUGGAAAUUCGUGAAUUCACAAAUAUAAAUGCUGUACCAAAUGUAUUGCCAGCUUCCAAGAAUGAAAAUGAAAAAGAGGAACUGACCAAGGAUACUUCUUCUGAUGGUGGCUGUACCGGUAAUCCAGGAACAUGUCGUCAAUGUCAAAUGGACCCAAUGUCUACAUUAUUUUGUACUACUGUUGCCAGUCGAAGUACAAAAUCAGAUUCCGUUUCUUCAACAAGACAAUCAAUAUCAAGAACAAACUCUAAAACAUCAAUAUCGAUUGAUUCUUUGAAUAACCCUCAAAGUCCAAUACCUCCUCCAUUAUUAGCAAACAAUAAAACUGGUGGCUCCAAUGCACCAACACCAACACCAGCACCUUCAACACCAUCCCACUCUUCGUCGGUUCUGAGCAAUAGUGGUAUUUUCAUUCCAUGUGCAGAUGCUUAUAAGACUUUGUCUCGUCAUAAAAAGUUCAACUCUGUUGAUUUCACGACUUUAGUUGGUAAAUUAACAACAAGAGGAAUGCAAGUUGAGGUACAAUCAGUAGCCAACGUGUUACGAGAAUUAGAUAGAAGAGCAUAUAAUUAG